CGAGCUCCUUCGUACACACCCGACACGACCCUGUCUGUUCUGUCAUGUCCAUCUGUUGAACGGCUGAUUUCCCCGUCACGGUAGGGUAUCCCCGCUACAAAUGCUAGUACUGUACGCACAUCGUGUUUCAGUCGGUAUCCGACCCUCGGUUCCAGUUAUGAUUGCCCAACCGUGCACAACUACGAUCGUGCAGCUAUCUGAUCCCAAUCCUGGAUCGCUGUACAUCGCCACGCGAAAGGAAAAAAACAGCCGACCGCUAAGAGCCCCACAUCCCAACACGAAGAUCAGCAAUGCAACUCCAUUGCAACCAGCCAUAACUCUACCAAAUCAAAAGCUUUUUGCAUAAUUAUUUGUUCCUCAUCAAGCACAAUGUCUCGACAAGGAAUUGCCAACUUUACAACCCCCCAAAAGGCAUGGAUAAAGGGCGCUGCUGACUACAUGGACCACCUUGGCAUCAAGUACUCCCAUAACGAUCUUUUCAAGUACCAUGGCAUGAACAAGCAACAAGGCUGGGCCAUACUAAAGGAGGACUUGGAGCUGGCCAACAGGACCCAUCAUAACUCAGAAUUCACCAAAGAACAACGUAGGAGACCUCUCAAACUCUCUGCCAAAGACCUUGAAUGCUGUGACAGGUUCUUACAAGAUGUUGGAUGGGAUGCAAGAGUGCUUACUUGGGAUCAACUUUCAACUGAACUUGACUGUCACGUAUGUGGCAAUACCCUCUGUACCCAUCUUGGCAGUAUGGAUUACAUGAAGUGUGUUGCUUGCACAAAGGGUUGGGUCAGUCAAAAGUUGGCUAAGAAGCGUAUUAGCCGGUCUGAAGAUGCACUCAAAGAGAGACCUCAGCCUGAUGACUGGAAGUCUGUCCGCUUUUCAGAUGAAGUACACUGGCGUGUAGGUCCCCAAGGCAAGAUGUGCAUCAUCAGGAAACCAGGAGAGCGCUAUUGUAGCGACUGCAUUCAAGAGCAACUUAACCGCAAUGAUGAGAAGCAGUGGGAAGCUGCUCAUACUUGGGCUACAAUUGGGUACAACUUCAAGAGCAACUUGACGUUUUACAACACUCCAGGCAACAAAAAUGGCAAGCUCUCUCUCCGUGUUGUGUACCGCGAUCAGAUCCUUGAGCCAGUAGUCAAACCAUGGCUUGUUUGUGGUGAUACCUUCACACUUGAAGAAGACAAUGACUCUGGUCAUGGUGGAGGCUCAGGUAACAACAUUGUAGCCAUCUGGAAGCACAAAAACAAGCUUGACAGCUACUUCAACUGUCCUAAUUCACCAGAUCUUGCACCAAUUGAGAACUGUUGGCAACCUCCAAAGCAGUACCUCAAGCAAUUUCCACAUUGGGAUGAGUUUGAAACAAGAGAGUUAGCAUAUGAAGGAUGGCAAAAGCAAGUUACCCAGCAGUUUAUUAAUGAACGUGUUCUAAGUAUGCCACAGCGAUUGACAGAUUGCAUUGAAAUGGAGGGCAGAAUAACAGAUCAUUGA